GUAAAAAAUUGUGUCAUGGCUGCUUUCUUGAGAUCUGCCAAAGAGGCCAGAAAUGUCAGACUCGAAUUAAAUUGAUGCUUUUAUAAUUAAAGUAGAAUUUAAUAAUGGCUUAUUUAUUUCAACCGGAUUAUGUGCGCUACGUCUGUAGCUGCAAUUCACUGAAGCCUAUAUCGAAAAUAUAUUUUUGUCGUCACUGCCUGAAAAUCCGGUGUGGUUACUGCGUCUGUCGUGAGAUUGAUUCUUAUUAUUGUCCCAAUUGCCUGGAACAUCAACCUCUGUCUGAAGUAAGGCUGAAGAACCACAGAUGUUCGUACUGUUUCAAUUGUCCUUGCUGCUUUCAAACAUUAUCAACCCGAGCAGGACCAGCUCCAUUGCGACCACAGCCUGCUCCGACUUCGGGUGAAGAUGCAAAGCAACCUAAAAAAGUAUAUUAUUUGUUCUGUGCAUUGUGUCGAUGGACCUCGAGAGAUGCUGGAAUCCCAGAUCAGUUUGUCGCUACAUGUGCUUGGCCAGAGCAGGAAAAUCCUCAUACAGAAAGAAUCAAUAUAUUGAUUGAUCAUCAUAAAAUUCUCGCCUCUCGUGAGAAACAACAAAGAGAACGCAAAAAAUUUCAAUUUUUUGUAAAUAUGAACGCAAAGCGUUCAUAUUUACAAUUUGAAAAAUUUGGGUUGACUGUUGCUAUGGCUCGGAAGCGAACAGGCCGUCCUGCCGUGCCAGAAGAAAAAUGGCAAACAUCGGACGAGCCAGAGCCUUCGGUUGCAUCUGAGGACGUGGAAGAUUUACCGGAAGAAAUAUUCACGAAACCUGUGGAUAUAACGAAAAUCACGACCGUUGAACAACGACUGAAUCAUCCAGAAGUUCAAGCGGAAGGAGUUAACGAUUUGCGUCCGCAGCGCAAACAAUUUCUCGUUAAAACGUCUCAUCGAUGUCGAGCUUGUGAACACAACGUCAGCAAGCCUGAAUAUGGUUCCCAGUCUAUCAAAUUUAAAAUACAAUUGGCAGCUUUUUAUCACGUACCAGAAAUUCGUAUUGUCACAUGCGAGCCUCUUCAGGUUGGAAAAAUGAGUGAGCUGCUACUCAAAUUUUGUAAUCCAACUCCACAUCAAACUCAAGUAACUCUUUUCCCACUCGAUACGCCAACGACCCCAACGACAAUUACCGCAUCCGGAGAAGUGGAAGAGCUCAAACGCGAAAAUAUGCAAAUGGGCUGCGAGUCACCGAAUUUGAUGCCUUCAGCCGUCCGUCAAGCAUCCGUGAUGGAAGACCCGAAAGCAAUAAAAAUAACGCCAAGUGCCGAUAUUACAUUGCCACACAGUUCCGUUAUACUUCCGCCACGCGACGAUACAGCUGAAUAUGACGACACCGCGGAUUACCAUAGUUUUCAGGACGACCCUAAACUCGUUGUUUGGCGAAAAGGCAACAAAGCUGUUAUUCGGUUGCACGUGACGCCUCACGAAAUUCAAGAGGAUAAGCGAGAUGAGGAGAUUAUAGUGGGUUUCGUUAUGCAGCACGGUUACGUAAACACCAUCGCGACUCUUGAGCACAAAACACCCCAAAAACUCGACUUGAGAGUUAAAAUUUAUCUCACCCUCGAUAAAAUAAAUUAGCUGACUUAAACUGCUUCAUGAACGCGAAAUUCCAUUACAAAAUGUUUUAGAAAUCUAAACCAAGAUUUUUCAAAAAUUUUGAGGAAUUUGCAGUUUUUUCAAGGAAUAAAAAUUAACUAGAAGCACAUUUAAAUAUAACAAAUAUUCAACUGGAACGAUCUCUAAAAUAUCGAUUCAUGUGUUAUUAAAUUUUUCAAUUGAAGAUUUCGACAGCCUUAUGAUUGAAAUAACAAAACGAUUUUAACAAAUCAGAUAAUUAAUUCAAACGUAUACUCAUGUAAUGUAAUACACCGAAACGAGUGCUUUUGUUACCGCAAAUUACAGACACGACUUUUGUGAUAUUCUGUAUCUGCGUUAACAGGUGAAUCAUAUUUUUCAUAAGUAUUUUGCAGUUUUCUGUUGAUGUAAUUAUACACUGCACGCGUAAUCAUAUUCUCUACACUUUAUCUCCCGAAUUCGCUGAUACUGUAACAUAAUAACUAUAACAUUUAUUUUGCAAGUCUCGUGAAACGAGCAAUUAAAUAAAUAAGAAAUGGUAUGAAAGAAAAAAAUACAAAAAUAUAAUACGAAA